UGUCACUAGGUCCCAGCUUUCCUGUUGUGCUGGGAGCUGAGUGAGGGAGCUCAGUCUGGGCGCUUGGAUUUUCAAACACAAAGCCAAGCUGGGAGCGGUGGGAGAACUGUCUGAACUCCUCCGUUACGAUGAGCAUCUUGCCAUGUUCCUCGUGCAGUUCGCAGGUUUAAACCACCUGUCCUUUGACCCUGGCAGCACUGAGUCCCUGGGGCUGGGCAGCGCUGCUGGCCUGCAGGUGUCAAGCAGCCCGGCUGAGGAUGGCAGUGAUCCGGGAAAGAGGAAGAGGAGCAGCAUUUCCCCAGAUGGUGGCAGAAAUCUGAGCCUGGACUCCAUUCCGAUGGGAUUGCCAAUGUCCGACCCGAGUGCCUGGGCCACUGCCAUGAACAACCUGGGCAUGGCUCCCAUGGGCAUGACAGGACAGCCCCUCCUGCCUGAUUUUGAUCCUGCUCUUGGAAUGAUGACUGGAAUUCCUCCGAUUAACCCCAUGAUGCCAGGUCUGGGGAUUGUCCCACCUCCCAUCCCUCCAGACAUGCCAGCCGUGAAGGAGAUCAUCCACUGCAAGAGCUGCACGCUGUUCCCACCUAACCCACAUCUUCCCCCUCCGGCCACGCGAGAGAGGCCCCCAGGGUGCAAGACAGUGUUUGUUGGAGGCCUACCAGAAAACGGGACAGAGCAGAUCAUCAUGGAGGUGUUUGAGCAGUGUGGGGAGGUCAUAGCCAUCCGCAAGAGCAAGAAGAACUUCUGCCACAUCCGCUUUGCUGAGGAGUUCAUGGUGGACAAGGCACUUUACCUGUCUGGCUACCGCAUCCGGCUGGGCUCCAGCACGGACAAGAAGGACACGGGGCGGCUGCACGUGGACUUUGCGCAGGCGCGGGACGACCUGUACGAGUGGGAGUGCAAGCAGCGCAUGCUGGCGCGCGAGGAGCGGCACCGGCGCCGCCUGGCCGAGGAGCGCUUCCGCCCGCCCUCGCCGCCCCCCGUCGUCCACUACUCCGACCACGAGUGCAGCGUGGUGGCCGAGAAGCUCAAAGAUGACACCAAGUUCUUGGAAGCCAUCCAGACCUUGCUAACCUGGAUAGAACGUGGGGAAGUGAACAGGAGAACUGCCAACAACUUCUACUCCAUGAUCCAGUCGGCCAACAGCCACAUCCGCAGGCUCGUCAAUGAGAAGGCAGCUCACGAGAAGGAGAUGGAAGAAGCUAAAGAAAAGUUCAAACUGGCUCUCUCAGGGAUCCUGGUGCAGUUCGAGCAGAUAGUGGCCGUGUACCAUUCUGCCUCCAAACAAAAGGCUUGGGACCAUUUCACGAAAGCUCAGCGUAAGAACAUCAGCGUGUGGUGCAAACAAGCAGAGGAGAUCCGUAACAUCCACAAUGAUGAACUGAUGGGCAUUCGGAGAGAGGAGGAGAUGGAAAUGUCUGAUGAAGAAAUAGAAGAUCCGUCAGAGAUGAAAGAAACGGAAGAGUCAGCGCUGGUGUCGCAGGUGGAGGCGCUGAAGGAAGAGAACGACAGCCUGCGCUGGCAGCUGGACGCCUAUCGCAACGAGGUGGAGCUGCUCAAGCAGGAGCAGGGCAAGGCCUCCAGGGAUGAGGACACCACCAAGGAGCAGCAGAUGAAGCUCCUCCAGCAGGCUCUGCAGGGCAUGCAGAAGCAUCUUUUGAAAGUCCAAGAGGAGUACAAAAAGAGAGAAGCUGAAUUGGAAAAAGUGAAAGAAGACAAACUGAAAAUAGAAACAUUACUAGAAAACCUGAAGGAGCAGCAGAGCAUGGCAGAUGAAGAGGACAAGGAGGGAGAUGCAGCUGACUGCCAAGGGAAUGAGAGCAGCAUGUCCAGAGUUUGUGCCUGCAGCCAAGAGAAGGAAUGUCCAGUGGAGAAGACCUUGAGCACCAGCCCUGUGAAGUCUGAGCGAGAAGUUCUCUUAGUUGGGAUAAUUUCAACAUUUCUCCACGUGCAUCCGUUUGGAGCCAGCAUUGAGUACAUCUGCUCCUACCUGCAGCGCCUGGACAGCAAGAUCUGCACGGCGGAGGUGGAAGUUCUCAUGACACGACUGCAGAACACGUUCCGGCAGGAGCUGAGCGGGGUUGGGGCCAGCCUUGAGAAGAGGUGGAAGUUUUGUGGCUUUGAUGGGUUGAAAAUGACUUGAGCUUUGACUGAACUCUGGAAACAGUGGGAUGUGGAUGCUGAGAAAACCUGGGAUGCUCCUCCCUCUGUUCCUGAUGAUUCCCUCACACCACAGCCUCGGGGUACGAAGUGUAAAAGUGAAACCAAGUCCAGAGCAGCCCUGAAAGAGCCUUCAACUUCUGCAGCUCCUUUGAUCAGUUAUUUGUUAAUGGGCAAGUGCUGUUCAAGUGUAUUUGAGGAAAAAAGCUCCUGCCUGACCCUUUGAAGCACAGCGUGUUGACUCUGUGUUCUGCCAAUGUUGUAUGUGCUUGUGUGCCCAAAUUCCUCCUCCUCAACCUUCCUUCUGCUAGGAACAGCCACAGACUGUCCUGAAGCAAAAACAAAAGGGCAUCUUCUGGUUUCUAGAUCACCAAAAGGGGAAAAAAAAAAAGGCAUUUUUUAGAUAUUUCUAUGAGUAAAAACCAAGGUUUGUUUAAACAGAAGAUUUAGAUGGCUCAGGGGCCUCUGAGCCAAGGAAUUUGUUCUUUUUUCUGCUGUUUCCUCUGUUAGAAGUUCAGCUGAGGUGGGGGCAAAGGGGAUUCUGGCAGUGCCACUAGUGCUCUGGGUCAGACUGUACAGAAUCUUUUACAUGGGAAGGGUGUUUGAUUUUCUGGGGGUGUGGAUGGAGCAGAGCUACAUCAGCCUGGCUUUUGGUGAUUUUUACCACCCAGGUCCUCCACCUAUUUUGCUUUGGAGGCCAAGCUCAAGCAGCACAGACUCCUCUGCCCCUGAAGUGUCCCAGCACUGUUCCUCACGUUCCUAGUGCAUGCCAGGCUCUUGCCCAGCCGUGCAGAGGUGCAGGGUAGCACAGCUCAGCCCCUCCCAGCCUGCCCAGAGCCCUCUGCAUCCUCGUGCCCCCAGCAGCCCCUCAUUCCCAGCCUGGAAUGAGCUCACCUGCAGAGCUCACAGUCACCCCGUGCACACAUCCCGACGUGUUCCCAGCACGGCAGCUGGCACAGUUCCAGGCCCUCCUGCUUGUUCCCCAUGCCCCAGGUGCCCUACACGUGGGCUCUUGAUCCCACCUCAUCUCUGCAGGAGAAGCCUUGACUCCUGUGUUCCUGUUCUCAGGCACAUCCCCAGCCCCUGGUGUCAUCCUGCCAGGUGCUUGUGCCAUGGCCAAGGUGUGCCCAGGCGAGUACCAGGGGCGUUUCUGGUGUGUCCUGUGUACCUGGCACAGACACCUGGUGUUGUGUGAGCCCAUUCCUCAUCCAAAACCCCAAAAUUCCACUGGUGACGCCAGGCUUGGAGCCAGGUACUGACCUCACCAUUCCCUGCAGUGGGGAGGAUAGAGGAGAGCACUCCCUGUGCUCCUGCUCCCUUUCCCACUCAUCCCAAGGCCCUGAGGGCUCUCCACAUCCUUUGGAUUUCUUCUGCAGCUUCAUCCUCAUUCCUGCUCCCACUGGCAGAGCCUGGCACCAAUUGUCCCCGGGCACUGGGGGAGCCAGGGUGGUCACAGAGGAGACGCCCCUGCUGUGCCAGGUGGGAAUGUGGAACCUGUGCCACCUGUCCCUUGGGGUCAGCCAGGUGGAGAGAGGGCAGGGGGGUGUGUACUCAGUGAGAGCUCUCCUUGGGAAAAUCAGGGAAGAACUUCAGGAAUCGGGACAGUUCCAGAGCCAUGAGAGCAGCUGUGUCUGGAGCACCCUGGAGUCAGGGAAGGUGUGGACUCACUGGGCACAGGGCUGGGCUCCCCAGUGUGGCAGCUCCCGCAGCACAAGGACUCGCUGGGUGCCAGCCUGUGGCUGCGGGGUGGGAGCUGGGAUGGGGCUGGGGCACCACGGGCAGCCAGAGCCCCUUCCUGGGGGGCUGAGGGGGCUGGGGCUGCUGGCACCACCGGGCAGGUUGUUCCAUGGGGCAGCAGGAGGGAGAGGAGCCAGGACCUGCGGAGCAGUGGCUGGUGCUGUGAAAGUGAGUCAGGGCUGGAGCACCCCGGGGUCCUGCUGCUUCCCCUCUCCCAGGGCCUUUCCAGAGGGGCUGAGCUUUCGCCCAGGAGAAAUCCAUCCUGCAGAUGGGCUGCUGAGGUGACACCCAGGGAUGGGUGACAGAGACCUUCCCCACGUGGGCUGUUGCUCUCCCUGCUCCCAGCACUGAACGCUUGCCACACUGGGAGCAGAUUAAAACCCUUUUAAAAACGUUCUGAAUAGUUGUGUCCCUGCAGAUGAAUGCUGUAUUUUUAAGGAAUAAACAUUUUUUAUGGGCAAA